CUGUUUAUCUUUCGACACUUAAAACAGAAACUUGGAAACCUCGGUACCAGAAGUGAAAGUUGGAGUUUUAUUCAGUUUUAUUCAGUUUUAAUCGCUAAUCCUGCUCUGUGAUAAAUACUGAGUAAUGUUUACUCUCCGGUGUGUCCGCGCCUGUAUAAAGGACUUCACCUCAUUUUGUUAGUUAAAGUCCACACUGUAAGAUGUUAAAACUUCUUCUGUUUCUCACAUUUUCUCCUCUUUCAUCUGCAGUCACACACACUCUGCAGUACCUCUACACUGCAGUCACACCAGGAAUAAAUUUCACUGCUGUUGGUCUGGUGGAUGGAGAGCAGUUUGUGUUCUACAACAACAACAUGAUGAGGAUCUCGGAGUGGAUGAAGAAGGCAGCAGCUGAUGAUCCACAUUACUUGAAGAAAGAGGAGCAGUAUGUGAAGGAUCAACAGGACUCGCUCCAAAACAUUGUCACUACAGUAAUGAAGAUCUUUAAUCAACCUGAAGGAGUUCAUACAGUACAGAGGCUGUACGGCUGUGAGUGUAAUGACGGCACCACUAGAGGAUACGAUCAGUACGGUUAUGAUGGAGAAGAUUUCAUCAGUCUGGAUCUGAAAACUGGAACCUGGACUGCAGCUAAUGAUGAAGCUGAGAACUUCAUAAACGUGUGGGAUCCUACUGGAGAUAAAGCUAAACGCUGGAGGGACUUCGUGGAGACUGACUAUAUUCAUCUGUUACAGAAGAUUCUGUAUUAUGGCAAGGAAACUCUGGAGAGGAAAGUUCCUCCUACAGCGUCAGUGUUCCAGAAACACUCGUCUUCUCCAGAGGUGGUGUGUCAUGCUACAGGUUUCUUCCCCAAAACAGUGAAUAUCACCUGGCAGAAGGACGGAGAGGACGUGCAUGAGGGCGUGGAGCUCAGAGAGACGUUACCCAACCAGGAUGGAAGCUUCCAGAAGAGAAGCAUUCUGACAGUCUCAGCUGAGGAUCUGCAGAAACACGCCUACACCUGCGUGAUUCAGCACAGCAGCUUGGAGAAGGAGAUGGUGCUGCCUGUGAGCGAGCGCCGAAUCCUGAAUCCUGGUGGAGGAUCAGGUGGAGGAUCAGGUGGAGGAUCAGGUGGAGGAUCAGGUGGAGCUCCAAUCGGUAUCAUCGUUGGUGUAGUCGCGGUUCUCCUGGUUCUCGUUGCCGUUGUUGCUGGAAUUGUGGUCUGGAAGAAGAAGAACUCUGGCUUCAAACCUGUUCCACCCAAACCCGCCUCUGAAGGAGAUUCUUCCUCCAACAACUCUUAAAGUGGACUGUGUGUGUUCCCGCUGCACUGAGAGAGAGAGACGAGGAGAGGGAGAUGAGGACCACACACACACCCUGCUAAUACACACACCACACACACCACACAUACACACACACAUACACACACACACCACACACAUACAUACACACCCCGCUAAAACACACACACAUAUUAUUCCAGUGGGUAAUCUUGGUGUAUAUUUUUUCCUGUAUUUGGAUGGAGGAGCAUUUCAUUGUGAAUCUGUUAUUGCUGUAAAAUGGGAUUAUUAGGGAUCGAGUUAUUUUUUCUUUGUAACUUCUCAUAGUUUUGUAAGAGACUGGGUUUGAUGCGAGUGUCUUUACUGCUGUUCUGUUCUGUUCCACUGAGCUCAGCACUGUAGGAUCCUGCUUUUCGUGGUGUGCUGAAAUCAGUGACCGAUCAAAUUGUGACCAGGAGUCGCUGUUCAGCAAAUAUUCACACUGGAAUGUGCUUGAUGCCCGUGGGCAAGCUAGAUUUUGUCACGAGCAUCGAAAUGCUUGUAUAGAGAAGAAAUAAAAUAUUAAUGCUACUGUUGUUGUCUGCUGCUAGACAGCUGAUGUGUUACUACUAUAAAUGGUUUUAUGAGAAGAUGUUUUACAGUAGCGCUUGUUGUUCUGUUUAACAUCCUGAUUGUCUGAAAGGCUUUUCUUUAUUCUUAUAACUAUUUACUGUAAUUACCCAGUAAUGUUGGAGAUCCUAUAGUUUGUUCUUUACAAAUGCAUUUUACUCAAAGAUAUGUUACAGUAGUCUAGGGUCACUGAACCUGACAAGUCAAAAUGUAUAGCUACCGAAAUAUGUUACCCCUCUUUAUUUAAUAACACUGACUAAUGUUCAAUAAAGUAACUCAUGAUAUGUCAGCUCCUCUUCUUUCUAUGUUAUGAAGCAUAUUGAUAGGAUAUUGAUAUAUUUAUAGAUAUAGUACGGUUAUUAUAGCAUUAUAGCUACUGAAAUGUGUUAACCCUGUUUACUCUAACUGAGUUUAGAAAUAGUAGCUGAUUUAUUACUGGGUCUAAAAGGAUAAGCUUUAUAUUGUAUAAUUUGACAAAAAAUCUCUUCAUUACAUCAGUAGAAAACGUGUGAUUACCCCAGACAAUUUCUAGCUUCGCCUCUACUGAGAAAAGAACAGAAGUGUAAGGAAAGUUUUUUUAAUUGGUUGAAAAAUUCUGUAUGAACAAUCAUCCCUUUAAUCGGGUAUUGUGCAUUUUCUUCACUUUUGUAUAUAUGUUCACCGGCUGUAGGGGUGUGGCUGAGUUACUUUUUUUUCUGUUUUUCUUUGCUUAGGUAGUGAGGGAAGUAUACGUGUAUUUUCUUUCUUUUCCUUGUAGGUAAGCUAGCUUCCUAAACAAUAGAAUUCUUUUGUUUAUUAUUUUGGCCUUGGCCCACCCUGAAGAUAUGCCUGGUUUGGUUAAUUUGUACAAUUAUAUGUAUAUACUGUCUGUUACAAUAUACCACAACCUUUUUCACACAA